ACCACGUCUACAGAACCAUUUCAGUUUCCACUUGGCUUAAAGUCACAACAAACAGAAGAACCUGCAGAACGUCAGAAAGAAUGGCAUCAAAAACAAUUCAGAUAGUUUGUGUGGUUCUCAGCGCCAUCGGGCUGAUUGGGGUCAUCAUCUGCUGCUCCCUGCCUGAAUGGUCUGUGGUCCAUCAUGAUAUAGAGGAACUUCAUGUAGGUCUGUGGAAGACGUGUAUGAAGCAGGGAACUGGACCGCAGGCGUGCCUAACGCAUGAUGACUCCCUGAUAUCCUCUAAAAUUCAGGCCUUAAGGGCCUUGACCGUCAUCAGCUGCAUCCUCUGUGGUCUCGGCCUCCUCCUCCUGAUCUUUGGUUCCGACUUCACCCCAUGUGUUCAGAACCAAGACACCAAACCCAAAAUGAUCCUGGCGGCCGCAGUGGGGCUGCUGCUGGCCGGCCUGCUGGUGAUCAUCCCGGUCAGCUGGCAUUCAAAUAAUAUGAGAAACAUACCAGUGUUGGUGGUGGGAGUGAUGCUGGGACCGAGCAUCUAUAUCGGCUUUGUAGCUGGUUUGAUGUUGAUGCUGACUGGAGGUCUGCUCUGCUACUUAAGCAGAUCCAGCAGCUCUGGAGGAACCGCCAGCUUCUUCAGCAACAGAGUUUAAGCUAAAACAUACAGAAUGUAGAGGCUUGAUGGAAGGAACUGGUGACCAACAGACGGGCAGACAAGGGAUAAAUUUAGGUAAAAACU